AUGCCAGCCACAGAAACCGGCCCGCCUGUCAGCGGCGUAACGCCAUCGUCUUACCAUCUUAUUUGGGAAGAUCUCUCUCUCGUUAUCAACGAUGUCGAUCUUUCAAUUUCUACUGUCCGCCGUGACGGGCCGCUUGAUCCCAUACUCUUCCUCCACGGCUUCGGGAGCACCAAAGAAGACUUCACGGAUGUAAUCCAUCACUCGCCCCUUUCCGACUAUCCUUUACUCGCUUACGAUACCCCCGGCAGCGGUGCAUCCAUCAGCUCCGACUACAGCGCCAUCUCCAUACCAUUCCUCGUCGCCGUAGCUGAGGCAGUUCUGGACGCUCACAAGAUCAAACGGUUCCACCUCGUGGGCCACUCCAUGGGCGGCUUGACGGGCUUGCUGUUAGCACAGCGCAACCCAGGCGCGGUACUAAGCUUCACCAACAUCAAGGGCAAUCUUGCUCCCGAGGACUGCUUCUUGAGCAGACAAAUCUUCGACUUCCCGGCAAGCGAUACGGAGAUGUUCAUCGCAUCCUUUAUCGAGCGGACUCGGCGAUCAGCGGAUUACGGGAACGGGAUUUAUGCAGCAAGUUUCCGUUCUAAGGUCAGGCCGGAGGUAGUAAGGCCAACUUUCGAGUCCAUGGUUCAUUAUACCGACAAAGGAGACUUACUGGAGGUGUUUGAAGCACUUCCGUGUUCAAAGAUGUUCAUUUUCGGUGUAUCCUACAACACAUUAUCCUAUCUCUCACGGAUCGCACAUGCGGGCGUCGAGCUAGCCGAGAUUCCAAACAGUGGACAUUUUGUCCUGUAA